UUUUCUAGACGAUUGAAGAACAAUUACUAGAAUUACAGCUUUUUUUUCGUUCCAGAGGAAUUGACUCAAUGCAAGCACCUAUAUAGAAGUGCAGGAAUUGGAACAAAAAAAAAAAAGGGUUUAUUUCUUUGACUUAGAGUAAAAGGUAUAUUUCGUAAAACGAUUUUAUUGGAAAUUACGUUUCGCUUUUGGCUUGUUCUAUUACGAAACAAGAAAAGUAGAAUUGCUCAAGGAACCUUUGAUUCUUCCGUGUAUAUUUUUAUUUGCACAUAUUUUAUUUAUUUAAUCUAUUUAUUUGGCAUUCCAUAAUUAUUUCAUAUGAAGCGUGACAGGCCCUCUGACAAUGGGUUAUUCCCCGAAGACGAUCAAGUCUCGUUAGUCUCUCCAUUUUCUUCUUAUGAUUCAAAUUUUUUUGUGAAGAGACCACGGUGCGGUCCAAAAUCAAUUCAACCAGAUGAAACAUCUUUCCACGAAGCUUUUCCUUCUUUCGCAGUUCCACCAACAGGCUCCCGAAAACGCUCCCAUCCAGAUGAAGCUCUUGUGUAUGAAGAUUUAGCUCAACAUUCAUUCGUUUCUCCAGAUAACAAUUUUUCGGCGAUUCCAAACAGAACCCCUCAAUUGCAACAAGACUUGCAAACGGAUGGUUUACCAAGGAAAAAGGUUUCUUUGGAGUCGAAUCAUCCGCAUUUAACAACACAAGUAGUUGACUUGUCUACAGGUCGUCCUUUAGAAAGAGCGCCUGAACUAGAAUAUGAAGUUCCACCCGAUUCAUCAAAAUCCUUAGUUCCUCAUCCAAAUCGUUUGAGGAUACUUUCUCUCAAUUCUCCUUCACCUUAUUUUUCUUCGUCUGUUCCGCAGUUUCUACCGUCAUCUCACUGGGACUACAAUUCUCAUCAAAAAUAUCAAGGUGACACUCAGUUAAUUCGAUAUAUCCCGACUGAAAGUACACCCUACUGGACGGUCGAGGAACCUAUGUCUUCUGAUUCUAAUGUUUCUGAAGAGAAUGAACCUUGCAGUUCUGUGGUGGUUGAAGAUUUAGAUGAUAACUAUAAUGAAUCUAACGAUCCUAAUGUGCCGAAUACGACAACUGGUAAUCCUGCAACUACUACAUUUUCUCCUUUGCAUAACCGCGAUGCAAUGGACAUUGAAUGAAAAAAAAAAUGAUCAUCAUGAAAACAUCCUCCGUACAUGAAUAUUUACUGUUGUUUUGUUUAUUGUUUU